GGGGAAACGAGUCACGGUCACCUGCAAAAUAAAUCUCUGUAGAUCCCGAGCAAGGAAGCCGAUCCGAAGGCAGGAGCGUUAGCAGCCCCCAGCGCUGGGCGCCCUGACCCCACCUUCUGCCUAGGAACCGGUCCCACCCGUUCCUCGCCACCCUUAGCCUCGCAGCUGCCUUCUCCCAACUGCCUCCCCUCCCUCCUGGUGUGCACCCUGGCCAUUGCCACCUGCGGACCGACCCGUCCAAGUGGCGCGGAGCCACUGCGGGGGAGCGGGAUGAAGGUCGCUUCGCUCGACGGUCGCCAGCUCAGGAAGCUGCUGCGCCAGGAGACGGCCCGCUGUGUUGUGCUGGACUGCCGGCCCUACCUCGCCUUCUCCGCCUCCAGUGUGAGGGGUUCGCUCAACGUGAACCUCAACUCGGUGGUGAUUAGGCGGGCCCGGGGCGGCGCCGUGCCGCUGCGCUUCGUGGUGCCCGACGAGGCGGCCCGGGCGAGGCUGCUGCAGGAGGACGGGACCGGCGCGGCGACCGUGAUCGUCCUGGACCAGGGUACCCGUCACUGGCAGAAACUGCGGAAGGAGAGCACGGCGCACAUCGUUUUGGGGACGCUGCUGGCCAGCCUCCCAGCCGGCCCCAGGAUCUGCUUUCUCAAAGGAGGGUAUGAGACAUUUUAUUCACAAUAUCCUGAGUGUUGCGUGGAUGUAAAGCCCAUUUCGCAAGACAAAACCGAAACAGAGAGAAACCUCAUCAGUCACUGUGAGAAACAGAACAUGAGCCGAAAACCUGCUUAUGAUCAGGGUGGGCCAGUUGAAAUUCUACCAUUCCUCUACCUUGGCAGUGCUUACCAUGCUUCGAAGUGUGAGUUCCUUGCCAAUCUCCACAUCACUGCCCUACUCAAUGUUUCCAGGAAAAGUUCCGAUUCCUGCACCUCUCAGUUCGACUACAAGUGGAUCCCAGUAGAAGACAAUCACACAGCAGACAUCAGCUCUCACUUUCAGGAAGCAAUAGACUUUAUUGACUAUGUCAAGCGAACUGGUGGCAAAAUCUUGGUUCACUGUGAGGCUGGAAUCUCUCGCUCUCCCACCAUCUGCAUGGCUUAUCUCAUGAAAACUAAGCGAUUCCGCCUGGAGGAGGCCUUUGAUUACAUUAAGCAAAGGAGGAGCAUGAUCUCACCCAACUUUGGCUUCAUGGGCCAGCUCCUGCAGUAUGAAUCAGAGAUACUAUCUUCCAUGCCCAACCCCCAGGUUGCCUCCUGCAAGAGGGAGGCAGCUGCAUCAUUCUUUGCGGAUGAAUUGACUCUGAGCCCAGGGUUUGAAGGCUCUUGCUACACGUUCCCUACCUCUGUGCUGACAACAGUGCCCAUCCACUCGCCGGUCCACCAGCUAAAGCUGAGCCCCAUCACUGCAUCUUCAACCUGCUGAAGGCAGGAAGAGGUAGAUGGAUGGGGGCCCUGAGAGCAACUGUGAUUUUUAAAACUCAAGACAUUUCAUAACUGUGCAAUACUGAUGACCUCAUUGAUGCCAUCCAAGCUCAAGUCAGGGCAGUGGGAGUAGUUCUGGGAAGCAGAAAUGCUUCUGCUCCAGAGCCAGGACUUUGGGGAAAGGUUCUCAUUGGAGUGUUACCAUGGGACGCCAAGCCAUUCAUGUGCUGUUAGGUGCGCCAACUACUGUGCUUCCAGGCCUAAAACUUCCUGGCUGCUGGAAGACUUCUUUCUCUUCUUCCUCCUUUUCCUCCUUAUAGAGGACUGUUUCAGUCCUUACACCUCAUGGUCUGCCUUCUCAUUCCUAAGUGUAGGCAAUAAAUACCUGCAGCAGCCAAGGGGAGAAGACCUUUUAAAAAGCCAAUUUACUCUGAAGGAAGCACAAUUUCUCGCCUUGAGUUUCUUAGGUAGUAGUGCCAGAACUUUGGCUGGAUUUGGCCAACCUGCUUUAUUUUUCAUUUUCAUUUUUCUUUUUAAAUAACUUUCCUGUGACAUCAGGGCAUAAGCUGAUCAUCAGCUGUAGUCAGGAAAAUAACCAUGCCAAAAUCUGUCCCAUUGGGAACAUUGUAUAUGGCUCUUGGGGAACCUUUCUCUGGAGCUUCCAAUUACUAAGAGUGUGGAGAUAGUCAUAUAGAUUCUUGUGGUAGAAUGGAGGUCAGUUUCACUGGGACAGGUGGCUGAGGUUUUUUUUUUUUCCUGGAUUUCCCACUGUUUAAAGUUAAUACUCCUAUGGGCCAGGUGGAUUCAUGGGUGAAACAGAGGGACCCAGUGGCCAAUUAAGAUGGAGCCUACUCCCCAGCAUGGCUCUUGCUGUACUUGAAUAUCUGUCUCCUGACAUACCCUGAAACAUAGAGACACUUCUACCAUUUGAAAACAGUAACUGCUGAAUUAUAGACCAAAAACAGCCAACCCCCGCAGCUCCUUUAAAAUGUAACAGAAAGAAAGAAAACAGUACCUUCUUGUGCUCUGUAGGUCAGUAGCAUUUGAAAAUUUGAUGUACUUAGUUUAGUUCGUCUGGUGUAUGUGCUUGCUUACCUGUUAGUGUAUGUUUGUGUGUUUAUUUGUGUAUAUCUGUCUGCUCAAAUGGAUUGUACUGUGUGUUUCUGUAACAUCGUUCCCAUCCCUGCCCUGAAGGUCGUCUUUAAGCUAUUGGCUUAAUGUCUUUCUUUUGUAGUUCUGCAGUGUCAUCCAAAAACAUGGUACUCGUCUGUCAGUUAUUCCUCCAGGGUAAGAGGCAAUAAUUUCCUGAAAUAUAUAACAUGAAUGUGAAGAAAGCUGAGAUAUUGUUGUACUGAGAUGUUGUUGGUUGCUUUUUUUAUAGUACAAAAUAAAAUGUUUUAAAAGACAAA